CAAAAAAAAAAGAAAAAAAGAUAAAUCCUCAAAUAAUAAAUACUCGAGGAAAAUAUUGACCCCAAGUAACUUGUCCUCUUGCACUGCAUAUUUGCAUGCCACCCCAGAAAGGACGAGAGAGGCAGUGAGCCACAGUGCAAGAAACCAAACCAUAAUACUAGCUCGAUCCAUGACAACUACACAUAAUUGCGGACCACAUUAACUCCACUCCACGCGUACAUCCAGCCACAACACGAGGGACACCACCUUUUCAGUGUGACCGUGUCCACUUCACUUCACUUCGCCGUGCUCGCCAUCAUCGCCGCUGUUGCUGCUGCUGCUGCUUCUUGCCAAGAAGCGAUCGAUGGUGGCGUCGCUGCGCCUCUCCCUCGCCGCGGCGGCGGCGGCGGCGCUGGCGGUGGCGGUGGCGCUGCUGUUGCCACCGCUGGCCGCGGCGCAGGGGGAGACGACGUGCCCGGCGGACGUGCCGCCGCGCGGCGCGUGGAUGUCCGUGGCGAGCUUCGGCGGCGUCGGCGACGGGCGGGCGCUCAACACGGCGGCGUUCGCGCGCGCCGUGGCGCGCAUCGAGCGGCGGCGCGCGCGGGGCGGCGCGCUGCUGUACGUGCCGGCCGGGGUGUGGCUGACGGGGCCCUUCAACCUCACCUCCCACAUGACGCUCUUCCUCGCCCGCGGCGCCGUCAUCCGCGCCACACAGGACACAUCGAGCUGGCCGUUGAUAGACCCGUUGCCAUCGUACGGGAGAGGACGCGAGCUGCCAGGAGGAAGAUACAUGAGCUUGAUCCAUGGUGAUGGCCUCCAGGAUGUGUUCAUUACAGGUGAGAAUGGAACAAUUGAUGGGCAAGGCAGCGUGUGGUGGGAUAUGUGGAGGAAGCGAACACUGCCCUUCACAAGACCACAUCUAUUGGAGCUAAUAUCCUCCACUGAUGUGAUCAUCUCCAAUGUCGUCUUCCAGGAUUCGCCAUUUUGGAACAUCCAUCCGGUGUAUUGCAGCAAUGUAGUAAUUACGAACGUAACCGUGUUGGCUCCACAUGACUCCCCAAAUACCGAUGGAAUUGAUCCAGAUUCAAGCAGCAAUGUCUGCAUUGAGGAUUCCUACAUUUCGACAGGAGAUGACUUGAUCUCCAUCAAGAGUGGCUGGGAUGAGUAUGGCAUAGCCUUUGGGCGACCCAGCUCCGGCAUCACGAUCAGACGUAUAACAGGAUCAGGACCAUUUGCAGGCUUUGCAGUGGGAAGUGAAACCUCCGGUGGUGUGGAGAAUGUCCAUGUAGAGCACCUGAAUUUCUUCGGCAUGGGUGUCGGAAUCCAUGUCAAGACCAACUCCGGAAGGGGAGGAUUCAUCCGAAACAUCACGGUCUCAGAAGUGACCCUCAAUGGAGCUCGAUACGGUUUGCGAAUCGCCGGAGAUGUUGGAGGGCAUCCUGAUGCAUCAUAUGAUCCGAGCAAGCUUCCUGUCGUCGACGGCGUGACGAUAAAAAAUGUCUGGGGUCAGAACAUCCGGCAAGCCGGGCUGGUAAGGGGUAUCAGGGACUCGGUUUUCAGUCGGAUUUGCCUCUCAAAUGUUAAGCUCUAUGGUGGUGAUUCUGUUGGUCCAUGGAAAUGCCGAGCUGUCAGCGGUGGCGCUCUUGAUGUGCAGCCAUCGCCGUGCGCAGAGCUGACAAGUACAUCUGAGAUGAGCUUUUGUACAAAUUAGAUCAGAUACAAAAGUGAAUGAUAGUCAUAUAAUCCAUCCUGAAAUAAAAUUCGUCAUGUUCCUUUUUUUUGGCAAAAGGUUGAGUUGUUGUGCCGAUUGAUUAAAAAUGUAACUGAAACAAUGAAUUGUACUUAUCCAAUAUAAUAAUUCAGUACCAUAUGUGGCAUAAAAGAUCAA